AACACACAUUGUAUUCGGUCCCCAGCGGCGGGGCAGCCCCACUGCGUUACUGAAGUUUUGGGGAUACCCAGUAGAAGGCAUGAAGGACUUCUGUGUUGGGUCCAAAGGUCCUUUCCAGGUGUCUGUGCACAGCUCCCCUUCUCUGGCACCUUUAUUUGAAGUGGACUCAUCCCAGCUGCAGCUUCCUCCCGGCUCCCUAAGUGUCUUUAGGCUCCUUUUUUCUCCUUGGCGAGGAGGAUAAAUGUAUCAGGAAUGGAGGGAGUCGGGGACCUGAAACCAGGGCGAGGUGGCCAGUAGGGACGCCGGUCGGGGAUCACCUUCAGGCUGUGAAUGAGAGGUCGGAGUAGUUGGCACAGAACUGGCCAAAGGGUCCAGAUGCAAAGCUCCGGAAGCUAGACCUGUUUCGAGGGACGCUAGGUUUGGUCAGGAAUCACCCAGGGGGGUCUGGGAAAGACUAUGGGGCUGGGAAAAGUCCGGUUGGUCUCCUCGCUUGCAAGGAGAGACAGGGGAGAUGUGCGGGACAGGAAUGUGACCUGUCGCCAGGCUGUCAAGGUAUUUCUUGAGACAGGGAUUGUAGAGCGUCUAAGAAUCGCGGCUCGAGGACUCCACUCAGGGCGAUAAAAGGCUUAGGGUUCCCCACAGCGAUGGGAGUUCUUUGUCGUCCCUCCCUCGAGCUCUGUUCUGCAGACCCAGAAGUCCCCCUUUCUGCCUCACCGCCCGCUCGAGGCUCCGCGGUGGGAGGGGCGCUCGCAGCCAGCGCCUGUAGCCAGCCCCGCCCGUCCGAGGAAUCCCCGGCCACCGCAGGAGCGCGGCGCUGCUCAAGACGUGCUGCGGGGCUGGGGGGCUGGCGAGAGGGGGACGGCUAUUUUUAGAACGUAUGGAAGAAAUAAAUACAAAAACAAAAAUAACAACGAAAAAUGAUGGAGACUCUUAAAGGCCUCCAGACUCCCAGGAGGAAAUCCCCCUGUCACAGUCCGUGGCAGAAGGAUCUUCCAGCCUGGGCCGCAUAUCAACUGCUGGAGUCUCCCGGCGUCUCUCCUUCUCGACCCUCCCCUGCCCCAGGCUCGGCUUCUCGCUGGAGUGCAGUUCCCUGUGGGAAGCGACAGCUGCUGCACCUGGCUGGGUUGAAGGACAAGGAUUCCCGGUCCUUGUCGCGGCCUCAGUUUCCCCGUCUGUAAACUGCGCGCGUAAAGCCAGCGGACAGGACACCAAGGAUCGCCCCAGCCCUUGGCGUGUCCUCGGCCUCGGCAGGGAUCGCGCUGGGAGCCGCCGCGGAGGGGACACCUGACCGUCCCCAGCGGGCCGCGCGGGUGGGGGUCCGCGCUGCAGCGGCGCGCGCACCUCUGUUCCCACGCCCUUGCCCGGCUGCUUGUUCAGUUCACUUGGCUUUGCUCUCGGGCCGGGACGCAGGGACUCCAGCAGCUGCGGCCGGAGACUGCUGGUGUGAAGAAGAAAAGAGUCACAGGCGGAGCCAUCCCACUUCUGAGGACAACUUCAAGACACCAAAGAACACGGACCUCAGGUCCAUUCAGAAGCCCUGCUGCUGAACCAUGCUGGGCCCCAACGGGCCUGCUGCACGCCCAGCCCACGGAGGCAAGUGGCCAUGAGUAGCCGCAGCCACAAUGGCAGCGUGGGGCGGCCUCUGGGCAGCGGGCCUGGAUUCCUGGGCUGGGAGCCUGUGGACCCUGAGGCAGGCCGCCCCCGACAGCCCACCCAAGGCCCAGGCCUGCAGAUGGUGGCCAAGGGUCAGCCUGCCAGGCUGUCACCCGGUGGCUCCAGGGGCUAUCCCCAAGAGCAGGAGGAGGAAGAGGAAGAGGAAGAGGAAGACAAGACAGACUCGGGGAAGCCCCCGACGGUCAGCCACCGCCUGGGUCACCGCAGGGCCCUCUUCGAGAAACGUAAACGGCUCAGCGACUACGCACUCAUCUUUGGCAUGUUUGGGAUUGUCGUCAUGGUUACAGAAACAGAGCUGUCCUGGGGUGUGUACACCAAGGAGUCACUGUGUUCCUUUGCCCUGAAAUGCCUCAUCAGCCUGUCCACUGUCAUCUUGCUUGGCCUUGUCAUCCUGUACCACGCCCGUGAGAUCCAGCUGUUCUUGGUGGACAAUGGCGCUGAUGACUGGCGUAUCGCCAUGACGUGGGAGCGCGUGUCCCUGAUCUCGCUGGAGUUGGUCGUGUGUGCCAUCCACCCAGUGCCUGGCCACUACCGCUUCACGUGGACGGCGCGACUGGCCUUCUCGCUAGUGCCAUCGGCAGCCGAGGCCGACCUGGAUGUGCUUCUGUCCAUCCCCAUGUUCCUGCGCCUCUACCUGCUGGCUCGGGUCAUGCUCCUGCACAGCCGCAUCUUCACCGAUGCGUCCAGCCGCAGCAUCGGGGCCCUUAACCGCGUCACCUUCAACACGCGCUUCGUCACCAAGACGCUCAUGACAAUCUGCCCCGGCACUGUGCUAUUGGUCUUCAGCAUCUCCUCCUGGAUCGUUGCUGCAUGGACAGUGCGAGUGUGUGAGAGGUACCAUGAUAAGCAGGAAGUGACCAGCAACUUCCUGGGAGCCAUGUGGCUCAUCUCCAUUACCUUCCUGUCCAUCGGCUAUGGAGACAUGGUGCCGCAUACCUACUGUGGGAAGGGCGUGUGCCUACUCACUGGCAUCAUGGGAGCAGGAUGCACUGCACUCGUGGUGGCUGUCGUGGCCCGGAAGUUGGAACUCACCAAGGCUGAGAAACAUGUGCACAACUUCAUGAUGGACACACAGCUCACCAAGCGGGUCAAAAACGCCGCUGCAAAUGUUCUCAGGGAGACAUGGCUCAUCUACAAACAUACCAGGCUAGUGAAGAAGCCAGACCAAGGCCGGGUUCGGAAACACCAGCGUAAGUUCCUUCAGGCCAUCCAUCAGGCUCAGAAGCUCCGGAGUGUGAAGAUUGAACAAGGGAAGGUGAAUGAUCAGGCCAACACGCUGGCUGAGCUGGCCAAGGCACAGAGCAUCGCAUAUGAAGUGGUGUCGGAACUGCAGGCCCAGCAGGAGGAGUUGGAGGCACGCCUGGCCGCCCUGGAGAGCCGCCUGGAUGUCCUGGGUGCCUCCCUGCAGGCCCUACCAGGCCUCAUAGCCCAAGCCAUAUGCCCUCUACCACCGCCCUGGCCUGGGCCUGGUCACCUGGCCGCAGCCACCCAGAGCCCACGAAGCCACUGGCUGCCCACCAUGGGAUCAGACUGUGGGUGAUGGCCUCCUGGUCACUAGACUGCUCAAUCUCAGCCAUUGUGUGGCUACAGCUAACUCCUCGCCAUUCUGGACCUCCGGACUACUGCAUUUACAAGCUUGGUUGGAACUGAGCCGACUGGACUGGCACUCAUUCCUCUGAGGCUGGACCACGGGAAUCCAUGUCCCUUUAGCUGUCCCAAGCCCCAGGAGGGCAGGAGGAGUAGCAGGGGGGCUCAACAUUUCUAAGUAAAUCAGGAGUCUCUAGCCCAUUUUCUGUUUACAUGGCAGGGGGCCAUGAGCAUCUCCCCAGAGGAGGUAGAUGACCUGACCUGAGGAUUCCUGAAUGGGCGGGGACAGGGGUAAGACCGUCACUGCACACGCAUUGAGUACCCGCUGUAUACAGGGACUGAUACAAUGACUUUUCUUCAGGAUCUAUCUAACUGGAGUAAGAUGCAAACAAAUGAAAGUUCAGAGAGGUGAGGCCACUUGCCUGCAGCCACACCGCAAUGGUCUGAGGCAAACGCGCUUGUCAAACGGCAUAAGUGGAUAGAUUCUACUCGGGGAUCCUGAUGUCAAAGUAAGGGCACACCAGAGGGUGAGAGGCCAGGGUUACAGAAUCACCAGGGUCCUGUCAGACCUCAGGUUCCAGACUUUGGGUACCUGGGGAGCACAGACACCUCACAGGCAUAGGUGGCUUGUCAAGAGCAGCCCCUGAUCAGAACAUCAGCCACCUGUCUUGGGAGAUAGUGGACCUGAGCUGGGAUCCCAGAGGCCCAGCUCGGACUCUACAAGCUUGUGGGGAGGAGCUGUGGGGUGGAACUGGGCCGACUUUAUUCCCCUGCUGCUGGGGGGCAUGGACAGGGCAAGUCUGUAUUGGGGAAACAGGCCUAACCCAACCCCCACAUGGGUCAGACAGUAGGUGCUCAAUAAAUGCUCCCUCCUUCCUGAGACUGCCUAUGAGGGCGCGGGAAACAUGGCCCCCAUCCUGUCCCUUCUGAGCCCAGUGUUAGCUCCUGUCCAUCAAGAAGGGGACUGGGAUCAAAACAGGACCGGAAGGAAGAAACAAGGCAGAUCAACGUGACACACGCCUUUAUUCCUAACGCUUGGGAGGCAAAGGCAGGUGGAUUGCAAUGUAUACACAGUAAGACCUGGGGGUGGCACAGAAAUAAACAAGGCUGUAGGUGA